AUGGACAAUGGCUUGCUACGGUCGAACACUGGUCUCCUCCUUAUCCUGAUGUUGAACAUUUGGCUGCCGACAAAUCCUCCAACGACGAACAACGCCUCUUCCGUCGGGAAGUCUACCUCAAGAUUUGGCGAUGGGAUGCCGAACGCAACUCCUGGGCUUUGGAGACAAGAAUCGAUAGCCCUCACCAGUUGGGUGGAGAUUCUCAACCUGGCCGAGUCUUGA